AAAAAAGGAAGAUUCGUCGCGUGAGAGAAACACGCACAGGCACGUGGGAAGUUGUUGGAGAAGACUAUUAAACCCCAUUUCUGUGUCCUUCCCUGUGAAACCCAAAAAUCCUCUGUUCCUUAAACCCUUCCAAAACCUUAAAAGUUUGCGGACGAAGCUGCAGGUGAUGACAAAGCUCAAUGUAUUGAACCCCAAAGUGUGGGUUGUGAUCGGCGUCGGAUUCGCCGGAAUAUUGAUCCUGGCUGAGGUUAAUCGGCGACGAUUGAAAGCCAGAAACUUAAUCAAACAAGACUUUGGCGCUUUUAUUGAACGCGUAGAGUUGCUUCCGUUUCCUCAACCACCCCCUCCAGCUGCUCGACUUUCCCUUUUUAGCCUAUCAUUUGCCAUCAAUGACAAUAUUGAUGUGAAGGAAUAUGUGACGGGUUUUGGUAGUCCAGCCUGGAAACGGACGCAUGAGGUGGCUACAAAGACAGCCAUGGUUGUGACUGCUCUUCUGAAGAAUGGUUCUACUUGUGUUGGGAAGACCAUCAUGGACGAAUUUGGACUUGGGAUUACUGGAGAGAAUGUGCACUAUGGUACUCCAACUAAUCCAAAAUUGCCAUCUCAUAUCCCAGGUGGCUCAUCCAGUGGUUCAGCUGUUGCUGUUGCAGCUGAACGUGUUGAUUUUGCUUUAGGUACCGAUACGACUGGCUGCAUUAGAGUACCAGCAGCAUUUUGUGGUGUCUUUGGGUUUAGGCCGUCACAUGGUGCCGUAUCAACAAUUGGUGUUCUGCCUGUAUCACAAAGUUUGGACAGUAUUGGAUGGUUAGCUCGUGAUCCAUCUGUGCUGCAUCGAGUAGGACAUGUGUUGCUUCAGAUACCAUCAGUUGAACCUAAGAGGACAAGAUGCUUUGUUAUAGCCGAUGAUCUUUUUCAGCUCUGUAAGGUACCGAAGCAGAAGACAGUGUAUGUUAUCGCCAAAGUAAUAGAAAAAUUAUCUGGAUACCAGACACCCGAACAUCUGAACAUAGGGAAGUAUAUUGCAUCAAACGUACCCAGCUUAAAAGGUUUCAUUGAACAAUCAACCAUCCAGCAGAAUGGGAUGUCUACUCUACGAGCUCUCUCUUCUGUGAUAUUUCUUCUUCAAAGAUAUGAGUUUAAGACAAAUUAUGAAGAAUGGAUGAAGGCUGUGAAACCGAGGUUGGGUUCUCAAGUCUCCAAUCACAUUGCUGCAGCAGUUACCUUGGCUCCUGAGAACAUCAAAGUUCUUUACAAAGUUAGGACCGAGAUGCGAGUUGCUAUACAGAAUCUUUUGAAGAACGAUGGCAUAUUGGUUCUUCCGACAAUUGCAGAUCCCCCGUUAAAGUUGAAGUCAAGGAAAGGUCUAUCUGCUGAACUUCAUGAUAGAGCAUUUGCUUUAUUGGGCAUAGCCAGUAUGUCAGGGUGUUGUCAGGCUGCCAUUCCUUUUGGAGAACAUGAUAACUAUCCUAUCUCCCUGUCAUUUAUUGCAUCUCACGGGACUGAUAAGUUUCUACUUGACACUGUCUUGGAUAUGUAUUCAUCUCUUCAAGAGGAAGUAAGCAUACAAUCCAGCACAUCUCCACUACCAGAUACCAACGGUAGCAUUGAUGCAUCUGAACUUUUGAAAGAAAAGGGAAAUGCUGCAUUUAAGGGGAAGCAGUGGAACAAGGCUGUAAGCUACUAUACAGAAGCAAUAAAAUUGAAUGACAACGCUACAUACUAUUCCAAUCGGGCAGCUGCUUACUUAGAAUUGGGAUGCUUCCAACAAGCUGAAGAGGACUGUACUAAAGCAAUUUCACUUGAUAAAAAGAAUGUAAAGGCUUAUAUGAGAAGGGGAACUGCCAGGGAGUCCCUUCUCUUCUAUAAAGAGGCUCUUCAAGAUAUUAGACAUGCACUUGUUCUGGAACCACAGAAUAAGUUUGCGAGUGUGGCUGAAAAGAGACUCAGAAAGCUAAUUAGUUGAUCAUUUACUGCUAAGGAUGAUGAUAUUGAAACCCAGAGGAAAAUCAGCAGAGUAAUGUAUACAUCAAAAAUGCAGAGGAUUUUUUUAAAAAGAGAUACAGAUGAACCUUGCUGGUCAAAGCUUGGCUGGAAGCUGAGCUUCUAACUAGAACUGUAUGAUUCCUUGUAUUUGCUCAUGGAUAUCUGCUCCCCCCCCCCCCCUUUCUUGUCCACGUCUCCACAUGUAAUUAAUUCAUCCAUUAGAGAAACAUAAUCUGCUUCCGUUCCCAUUUGACAUCCACACUUUUGAGUCCCAAUUGAAGGAUAUGGUAGUCUCAUGAUCCCAAGCAAAUAACUAUAUUGUGAACUUUUGUAUGUAGCCAACCCAAAGUAGUUAAUUUUGGGCACUAUCACCAUCGCCAUCACCAUCCUGAUGAGUGAUCAGCUACUUAAGUUUUUGGACUUUUGGCAAUGAGCCUUGCGAAUUAUGUUUAAAGCAGCUUAGAUUA